UUAUAAUCUCACUCAUUCGACACCCCACGUUCUUUUCGCAAAGUCAUCACUCAUUAGACACUUGGAACACGAAAUUCCCAAGUUCCCCUGCAAAAAGUUUCAUUCCUCUUACCUCCUUCAAUCACCCCUUUCACAUCCCAAAAAACCUGAAAAGAAUUGAUCAAAAAUGGCAAAGCUUAUAGAGACGUACGCCUGCGUCCCAUCGACGGAGCGCGGCCGUGGAAUAUUAAUAUCCGGUGAUCCGAAAACAAAUGCAUUUAUGUACUGUAAUGGCCGAUCGGUGAUUAUCCGGUACCUCGACAGACCAUUGGAUGUCGAGGUGUACGCAGAACAUGCUUAUCAAACCACCGUUGCGAGGUUCUCGCCUAACGGAGAGUGGAUCGCCUCCGCUGACGUGUCCGGGACGAUAAGGAUCUACGGUACCCACAAUGGAUUCGUGUUGAAAAAUGAGUUUCGGGUCUUGUCGGGUCGAAUUGAUGAUAUCCAGUGGUCUGCUGAUGGGAUGAGGAUCGUGGCUUCGGGUGAUGGCAAGGGCAAGUCGUUCGUUCGAGCUUUCAUGUGGGAUUCUGGAAGCAAUGUUGGAGAAUUUGAUGGGCAUUCAAGGAGAGUUCUAAGCUGUGCAUUCAAACCCACAAGACCAUUUCGCAUAGUCUCAUGUGGAGAGGACUUCUUGGUCAACUUCUAUGAAGGACCACCAUUCAAGUUCAAGCAAUCACAUAGGGAUCACUCGAAUUUUGUCAACUGUGUAAGGUUUUCACCUGAUGGCAACAAAUUCAUCACUGUAAGCUCUGACAAAAGAGGGCUGUUAUAUGAUGGAAAAACUGCAGAGGUCAAGGGUGAAUUGUCUAAAGAGGACGCCCACACAGGUAGUAUAUAUGCUGUAAGCUGGAGUCCCGAUAGUAAACAGGUGCUAACUGUAUCUGCUGACAAAACUGCAAAAAUAUGGACAAUAUCAGAUGAUUUCAAUGGAACACUUUCAAAGACUUUAACCUGUCCAGGAUCUGGUGGAGUUGAGGACAUGUUAGUUGGGUGUCUAUGGCAAAAUGAUUAUAUAGUUACUGUUUCUCUUGGUGGGACCAUAUAUUUAUACUCUGCAAGUGACCUUGAUAAAGAUCCAACGAUUCUGUGUGGACACAUGAAGAAUGUUAAUUCACUAGCUGUGCUUACAAAAGGGCCAGAAAAAGCCAUUCUUUCUAGCAGCUAUGAUGGCUUAAUAUUCAAAUGGCUUCGAGGAUUUGGCUACAAUGGUAAGUUAGAGAGAGGCGACAAAAAUCAAAUCAAAUGUCUCGCUGCUGUUGAUGAAGAAAUCAUGUCAUCUGGAUUCGACAAUAAGAUAUGGAGGAUUCCGUUAAAUGGAGAAGAAUGUUCAGAAGCAGAUAUUAUUGACAUUGGGAGUCAACCGAAGGAUUUGAGUUUGGCUAUUAAUAAUCAUGAACUCGCAUUGAUUUCAAUUGAGACAGGUGUCGUUCUUCUGAAAGGUACACAGGUGUUGGCAAGUGUUGAGCUUGGAUUCACUGUGAGUGCAUGCGCUAUUUCACCCGAUGGAGAUGAAGCGAUUGUAGGAGGGCAAGAUGGUAAAUUGCACAUGUAUUCAGUGAAGGGAGAUACUCUUUCGGAAGAAGCUGUUCUUGAGAAACAUCGAGGGGCUAUUACUGUGAUUCGUUACUCUCCUGAUGUUUCCAUGUUUGCGUCUGCUGAUGCAAAUAGAGAAGCUGUUGUAUGGGAUCGGGCCUCCAGAGAGGUGAAGCUGAAGAACAUGUUAUAUCAUACAGCUCGUAUAAACAGCUUAGCGUGGUCUCCUGAUAACAAAAUGGUGGCAACAGGAUCUCUUGACACGUGUGUAAUUGUGUAUGAAAUAGAUAAGCCAGCUUCAAGCAGAACAACUGUAAAAGGAGCUAACCUUGGUGGGGUCUACUCAGUGGCUUUUGUUGAUGAAAAAACUGUCAUAAGUUCUGGUGAAGACGCGUGUAUUCGUUUAUGGGAGAUAACUCCACAAUAA